AAGAAGGCCUCCCCCAAGAAGGCAUCGCCCAAGAAAGCAGCUGCCAAGAAAGCUGUUGCCAAAAAGGCAGCUAAGAGGCCUGCAGCCAAGAAGGUAGCCAAGAGGCCAGCGGCUAAGAAGGCAGCUCCCAAGAAAGCUGUUGCCAAGAAGCCCGCAGCUAAAAGGCCAGCGGCUAAGAAGGCAGCCAAGAGGCCAGCGGCUAAGAAGGCAGCCAAGAAGCCUGCAACCAGGAAGCCUGUUGCCAAGAAGGCCGCAGCCAAGAAGCCUGCUGUGAAGAAGGCAGCCAAGAAGGUUGCUGCCAAGAAGGCUGUGAAGAGGCCAGCAGCGAAGAAGGCGGCACCCAAGAGAAAGUAA